CGUAAGAUCCGGUCAAAACGCUGAUGUGGAUGGUAUUGCUUUGGCGGGGAAUAUGCUGUGUCUGCCACACGGAAUAUAUUUUCGUGUGUUUUUGGUUAUUUUGUGACACUUGAAGACAUGUACAACUUCACAUCCCUGCGCGCUCACGGAGAGCCAGCGGGUCGCAUCUUUCUAGGUUUCGCGCUUUCUCUCCUCGUGCUGUGGACGUUAUUGGGGAAUUUCACGGUUUGCGCCGCGGUUUUGCGCUUCCGUCACCUGAGAGGAAAAGUUACCAACAUCUUCAUCGUGUCUCUGGCGAUGUCCGACCUGCUGGUGGCGGUUCUCGUGAUGCCGUGGAAAGCGGCCACGGAGGUGACAGGACACUGGGCGUUUGGCUCUUUCUGCCAGUGCUGGGUGGCUUUUGACAUUAUGUGCUCCACCGCUUCCAUCCUGAACCUGUGCGUAAUCAGCUUAGAUCGAUACUGGGCCAUUUCAAACCCGUUUCAAUACGAGAGGAAGAUGAACCGUAGAGUCGCCCUCGUUAUGGUCAGCGUAACGUGGAUCGUAUCGGUGGCUAUAUCAUUCGUGCCCGUGCAGCUGAACUGGCACCGGGCAGACCUGGGAACGGUCACCACAAACAACUGGACCACCAAGGAAAUGUGUGACUCAAGUCUGAGCAGAACCUAUGCCAUUUCAUCCUCUCUAAUAAGUUUUUACAUUCCGGUAGCAGUGAUGCUGGUCACAUACACACGCAUCUACUGCAUUGCUCAGGUUCAAAUCAAGAGCAUCUCUUCUUUGGAGCGCGCAGCGCAGCGCGCACAGAGCUGCAGAGCAGGUGCGCGCACCUGUCCUCUCCAACACCGCGCGAUAAGAGAAACCAAGCUCUUUAAAACUCUCUCCGUGAUUAUGGGGGUGUUUGUGUGCUGCUGGUUUCCGUUCUUCGUCCUGAAUUGUGCGGUCCCUUUCUGCCACGAGCCAAAUUGUGUCAGCGAAGCAACUUUUAACGUGUUCGUGUGGUUCGGCUGGUGCAAUUCAUCUCUCAAUCCGAUCAUAUAUGCUUUCAAUUCUGAUUUCAGAGAUGCUUUUGCUCGACUUCUGUGCUGCCAUGGCCUGUGCACCGAAACACCUCUUGAUAUUCAGUGCAAGGAUCCGGUGUCCACUAAUAAUCAGGGCAGCUCUGUUAACACUAUGGAGGUCGGUUAUGUCAGUUUGGAGAAGGUGGACAACGGAAUGCAACAUCCAUUGGUGAAGAUACAUAUGUUUGGAGAUGAGAGCGAGGUUCAGCAUACUAACCUUGAAGAUGCGUGUCAGAGUAAAUGACUUUUUUGUUAAGCUGAGGAGAGACAAGACUUAACAAUUAAUAUUUCUCAGGUUUUCUUUUUGAAAGUCGGUUUCUGUAUGCACAUACCUUAACGUUUUGCCUCCAAAAAGCUUUAAUAAUGUCCAGGAAACAGGUUAGAGUUCCAUCAAUACACAUUGACUUAUCGGGGCAUGUUGUCACUUUGGGUACCUGCUGUUUAUUGGCAGAUUUUGAGGGGCAUGUCUUAGUUUAAAUUGUUUAAGUAAAAAUGCCAUUUUCAAUUUCAA